CUUCGACUCUCAACAUAUACACACACUGAGUAAAGAAGAAACAAAGAAGCAAGAAACAAUGGCGACUCUUAAGGUUUCUGACUCUGUUCCUCAUCCUUCUGAAGAUGCUGAGCAAUUGAGAACUGCUUUUGAAGGAUGGGGUACGAAUGAGGAUUUGAUUAUAUCAAUCUUGGCUCACAGAAGUGCUGAACAGAGGAAACAGAUCAGGCAAGCAUACCAUGAAACCUACGGCGAAGAUCUUCUCAAGACUCUUGACAAGGAGCUCUCAAACGACUUUGAGAGAGCUAUCUUGUUGUGGACUCUUGAACCCGCUGAGCGCGAUGCUUUGUUGACUAAUGAAGCUACCAAAAGAUGGACUUCAAGCAACCAAGUGCUUAUGGAAGUAGCUUGCACAAGAACUUCAACGCAGCUGCUUCACGCUAGGCAAGCGUACCAUGCUCGUUACAAGAAGUCUCUUGAAGAGGACGUUGCUCACCACACUACUGGUGAAUUCAGAAAGCUUUUGGUUCCUCUUGUUACUUCAUUCAGGUAUGAAGGGGAUGAAGUGAACAUGACAUUGGCUAAGCAAGAGGCCAAGCUGAUCCAUGAGAAAAUUAAGGACAAGCACUACACUGAUGAGGAUGUCAUUAGAAUCUUGUCCACAAGGAGCAAAGCACAGAUCAAUGCUACUUUCAAUCGCUACCAAGAUGAUCAUGGCGAGGAAAUCCUCAAGAGCCUUGAAGAAGGAGAUGAUGAUGACAAGUUCCUUGCACUGUUGAGGUCAACCAUUCAGUGCUUGACAAGACCAGAGCUUUACUUUGUCGAUGUUCUUCGUUCAGCAAUCAACAAAACUGGAACUGACGAAGGAGCUCUCACUAGAAUUGUGACCACAAGAGCUGAGAUUGACUUGAAGGUCAUAGGAGAGGAGUACCAGCGCAGGAACAGCAUUCCUUUGGAGAAAGCCAUCACCAAAGACACUCGUGGAGAUUACGAGAAGAUGCUCGUCGCACUUCUCGGUGAAGAUGAUGCUUAAUCAACAAAUCCUCCACAGAGAAACAAAAGCUGAUGCUUUAGUUUCUGUUUUCUCUUCUCUCUUUCUCUCUCUUUGAUGAGUUUCAAAUCGUUUGAUUCUGUUCUUCCAAAACCUUGAUUGUUGUUUCUGUUGUUUGUUUUGAGUUCCUAAAAUAAUGCAAAAGAGAGACAGAGAGACAGUGUGGUCUCUUAAUA